AUGGAGUUUGGAUCUGGCCUAGACAAGGUUUUGAAACAAGAAGUCGCAGUCAUUUAUGGAAACAAAGUCAGAGAAUUACAUGCACUUGAGCACGAUCAUUUUUCAAGGAAUGUAACAGAAGCUGACUCGUUCAAAAGUUUAGCCAGUCUUUUGGAUUUACUAGGUGAACGUUCGGCAAAAGCUCAAAUGUUACCUGGACCUGUGACGUCCUAUACGAAGUUCAGGGAUUCGAACCAGACAAUUUUUUUAUUAUCUGAUAUUCCUUCAAAAAAAAUUUUAGGUUUCUUAAAAACAGGUAGGAAGCGUCUUUUUGUGCAUGACAGAAGAGGCGUUUGUGUCGAAUGCGUGCCUUUAUGUGUUUUGGAUUUCUACGUACAUGAAGCACAUCAGAGGAAAGGUUGUGGAAAAAAGUUAUUUGACUUUAUGCUUAAAUAUGAAAAUAUUAAUCCUUCUUGUUUGGCUAUUGAUUUUCCUUCGAAAAAAAUGUUACAAUUUUUACAAAAAUAUUAUCAAUUAAAAAAUCCAAUUUUUUCAUCAAAUAAUUUUGUUGUUUAUUCAAGAUUUUUCGAUCAAAUUUUUUAUGAUACAUUAAACAUUGAAAAACAUUCUACUAUUCCAUGUGAAUUAUCAUCUAUUAUUCAAAUUUGGGAUACAGAAGGUUUAAUUCAUAAAAGAAAGAUGAAUCCUAUUGUCAAUCAUUCUUAUCAUAAACCUAAUAAUAAUAAUCACUAUGGCAACACAAUAGCCAUGGAUGAACAAGCAAAGUUAAAUGAUCAAACUCAUAUUCAUAAUAAAACAUUAACUAAUCAACAAGUGAAUGAAUUACAUAGAACUAUCAAUGAUCAAAUACCUAUACCUAUGACAGGUAUGAAGUUAUGUAAUAAUAGUAAUAAUAAUAAUAAUACAUUAACAAGUGUUUAUGAUGUAUCUAAAAUAGAUGAUGGAAAUGUUAAAUUAAAACAACAUCUUAAUGAGUUAAAACCUAUGGAUCAGCAUCAUAAUGGAGUGAAGACAUUUGGACUAUUACAUAAUGCAUAUGAUAAUGUUAAUAGAUCUACAACACAAAAGAAAUCGACUAGUUCCAGUAUGACCACCAAUUCAGAAAUGUUUAAUUAUCGUUCAUACGAAUUAAAAAAUCGUUCUAAACAAACUUACUCUUAUAUAAAUGCUGUACGCAAUCAUAAUUGUCAUACAAGAUUGUGGUAA